GCCCAGACAAACACAUUCAUAAGGACAGUCUGGACGAAAUAAAAACACUGCCUGAACUAUUCUCCACCCGUGUUUGAUACUUGAGUCAUGGCUCUAGGAAUAGUCGCUGACGCGUUUGCUCGCUUUAUCGGCGUUGCGCUUGUUACAUCUGGCCCGAUCUGGCUUUAUGACCCAGUCAAAUCUGUCCCUGUCUUCGGUCUACCCCGUACGAGCCCCGAUAUAGCGACGUUCGUCCCAUCCCUCGGCGGGCGAAACAUGGCCGCAGGCGCGAUUGUCCUCGUCUCCAGCUACCACGCUCCGAGAACGCUCACUGGUAUCUUUCUUGCGUUUAUUGCAACUGGGGCGGGUUGGUCGGAUACAGCAGUGUGCCUGGCGAAAGGGAAAGGGCACAAGAGACAUCUGUUGAACAUAGGGAUUAUAUACAGCGUCGCCACAAUGCUUAUCAUGGCAUGAGCUGGUUGCUGCUGAACGGUGACGGAUGGGGUUUUCUUUGCAUUAGAAUGGGUAUUGGAGAUGUUCCUUUCACCUUGCC